AUGACGCAGCCAUCUGAAGAUGAACCUGAGGUUACAAUUUUGUCGCCUCCUGUACGACAGGUGAAGGUGAGAGAACGGAGGUUCAAAAGUACUCCACCACGAAGGUCGUAUCGACUACCAUCUGAAAAAUCACAGGAAGAGGCCUCAAGUAAGUUGUAUGAAUCUGUGUUGUCUGAGUCUGUACCUGUGGUAGAUUUGGAUUCGAAUGACCCGGAUGAUGUACCUCUAGCUCGAUUGUUGAAGAGGACCUUGAUUCCAUAUGUUUCAGAUAAACUUCCUGUUGAUCCCCCUAAUUCUAUUCAUUCACAGGAAAGUUCGUCAACAGAAGGAGUAUUUAUUGCUACUCCUAGUAUUCCCCUAGCAUCUGACGUUCAAUCGGGGCCGUCAGCUCAUUCCCCUCCUGCAUCGCCACCUCCAUUUGCUACUGUUGAUGCUCAUGAAUCUGUUCCCAAUGAUGUUCCUGAAGUUCCUCCAAAUGAUAAUGAAAAUCCUGCCGUUCCUUCUACUUCUGCUGAUAUCCCCACUGCAUCUAAGCUAGCAGAAAGGAAAUUUCAACAAAAGAGGUGUAAUAUAACUACUAAAACUGGUAGGAAGAAGAUUCCUCCAAAUAUUCCUUUUGUCCUCAUUGAUGGAAUAUCCUUUCAUCAUGAAGAGAGUGUCCAAUGUUGGAAGUUUGUGGUGCUGCAAGGGAUAGCAGAUGAGGUAAAUGUUUCUGACAAACAUCAAUCUUGUAUGAGUAUUAUGGACCUUAUUGGAAGGGUUGGUUUAACAAAAACUAUUUCGAAUGUCGGUCCAUUUUAUCCCCAGCUUAUUAGGAAGUUUAUAGUUAAUUUGCCUAAUGAUUUUAAUGAUCCAAGUAGCCUAGAUUAUCAGACGGUUCAUAUUCGGGGGUUCAAAUUUGUGAUUUCUCCUAUUGUGAUUAACGGGUUUUUAGGGAAUGUUAUUGAUGUUGACUGUUCUCCAUCGUCUCCUUCCACUGAUGUUCUAGCUUCUGUCUUAUCUGAUGGGACAUUGUCCACUUGGCCUGUAAAAAUGGAAUUCCUGCAGUCACUCUUAGCAUGA